CCUUGCCCGCCGCGCCAGUCCCUCUCCGCGGCUGGGGACCCAGCUGCCUUGGCCCCUGCGCGUUGCCGUCUUUUCCGGCAGUUGGGGCUCUUCCUGUUGUCCUCAGCCGCAAGCGCCCCUCGUCCCCUACCUCAGAGCCCCUCACCCGUCCCCUCCCCUCCUCUGGCCGGUUGGCUGCUGCCGCUGGGGCUUCGCCUGUCCGCACGUUGAGACCGCUGGCCCGGCCGGCGUCUGCGGCUGUCCGCCGCCCCCUGCCCUGCCUCCUUCGGGGCUCUGCCAUGGCAAUGACAGGCUCAACACCUUGCUCGUCCAUGAGUAAUCACACAAAGGAAAGGGUGACAAUGACCAAAGUGACACUGGAGAAUUUUUAUAGCAACCUUAUCGCUCAACAUGAAGAACGAGAAAUGAGGUAAAGAAUUUUGUUUGAGAAAAUUAUGUCAUGGUUUUGGCAUUUACCUAUGUCUAAACGACUGAGGAGAUCAGCACAUGCUCGAAAGGAAACUGAGUUUCUUCGUUUGAAGAGAACAAGACUUGGAUUGGAAGAUUUCGAAUCCUUAAAAGUCAUAGGCAGAGGAGCAUUUGGUGAGGUAAAAACCCAAAACACACAGCUACGUAUCAAAUACAAAAAUACCACAGAACUUCAAAAUUGGUACAGCUCUGAAAAAAUGGCCCCAGGAAACAGAAUUUCUAGAAAUGGGCUACAUAGAGCAAGCUUGUCAUUAAUCAAAUGCAUAUACCUCCAGGUUGGCCACAUUCGUGCGGAACGUGACAUUCUAGUGGAGGCAGACAGUUUGUGGGUUGUGAAAAUGUUCUAUAGUUUUCAGGAUAAGCUAAACCUCUACCUAAUCAUGGAGUUCCUGCCUGGAGGGGACAUGAUGACCUUAUUGAUGAAAAAAGACACCCUGACGGAAGAGGAGACUCAGUUUUAUAUAGCAGAAACAGUAUUAGCCAUAGACUCCAUUCACCAACUUGGAUUCAUCCACAGAGACAUCAAACCAGACAACCUUCUCCUGGACAGCAAGGGCCAUGUGAAACUCUCGGACUUUGGCCUUUGCACAGGACUGAAGAAAGCACACAGGACAGAAUUUUACAGGAAUCUAAACCACAGCCUCCCCAGUGAUUUCACUUUCCAGAACAUGAACUCCAAAAGGAAAGCAGAAACCUGGAAAAGAAAUAGGCGUCAGCUAGCUUUCUCCACAGUAGGUACUCCUGACUACAUUGCUCCCGAGGUGUUCAUGCAGACCGGGUACAACAAGCUCUGUGAUUGGUGGUCGCUUGGAGUGAUCAUGUAUGAGAUGCUCAUCGGCUACCCACCUUUCUGUUCUGAGACCCCUCAAGAGACAUAUAAGAAGGUGAUGAACUGGAAAGAAACGUUGACUUUCCCCCCAGAAGUUCCUAUCUCUGAGAAAGCCAAGGAGCUCAUUUUGAGAUUCUGCUGUGAAUGGGAACAUAGGAUUGGAGCUCCUGGAGUUGAGGAAAUCAAAAGUAAUUCUUUUUUUGAAGGCGUUGACUGGGAACAUAUCAGAGAGAGACCCGCUGCAAUAUCUAUUGAAAUCAAAAGCAUUGAUGAUACCUCAAACUUCGAUGAGUUUCCAGAAUCAGAUAUUCUUAAGCCAACAGUGGCAGCAAGUAAUCACCCUGAAACUGACUACAAGAACAAAGACUGGGUCUUCGUCAAUUACACGUACAAGCGCUUUGAGGGCCUGACUGCGCGGGGGGCUAUACCUUCCUACAUGAAAGCAGCCAAAUAGUGUCCUGGAUGUGGAGUCUUAAUGGAGCAGAGUGCUUUGUACACCAUCACGGUUUCCCUCUCACACACUCUUGAAAGAGCUUCCAGGAAGGUUAUGGAACCCACCAGUAUGGCAUGGUAAACUCACCUGAAAUGUGAUAGUAGUGGAUUCUCUUCCAUCACGCAUCUGAAAAGCUGUAGAACAGCCAUUUCUACUACAUCGGCCAUAGCAGCUGUCCUGCUUCUUUAGAAGCAUCAUGAGCCAAUUUGAUAGACGUUUAAAAAAAAACUUGAAUUUUCCUGAGUUCAUCAGAAUGAAGGGGAAAAAACAGCCAUCAUCCAGCAUUACUGAUAUUGUAACAUACACUUACGGAGUAUCGGCCAAUCCUGUGAUUUUGUGACAUGCUUUCUGCCAAGCCCACCAAGUAUUUCCUAGAAGUUCCAUAGUACUAAGGAAAUAAAGCAAUAACGAAGCCUCAGCAGCCAGCAUUCUGGCUGAAGGAAAUGACCCACCGUCUUCUGAGGGGUGGCGAUGGUAGUUGCUCCCCAUACCUCGGCCCCAGGCGCGUGGCUUUCUAGAGCCUCCAUUCAUGGUGCACUUUAUGUAUGGUACUAGGAUAAAGACCCUCAAUCCAUCGAUUUACAUCCACCCUUCUGAAAUACUCAUGCUGCUUUUCUGAGUGUUGAUGGGGGAAUACCAGUGUGAUCUGGUGUUGCUCAGAAGGUCCCCAAAGCCACGGGGCAUUGCCAAGGGGUCCCGGAUCGCGUGGAAAACCCUCACUUUCUCUUCACGGCUGUAUCAGAACAUCUAAGACAGACGUGGCCAUGGCCCAGUGAUACCCGCAAGUGCUGCCAACAGGGAGUCGGGUUGGCCCUGGGAACACCGCAGGGCGAGUCCAGGCUGAGGCGGCAGGAGGCCCGGAACCCUCCUGGCUAAGGUGCUGCUCCUUCUUGCUCGGUCCCCGGAGCCCCUUGGAAGUAGUACAGGGAUCCGCCCGAUGGAAGCGCAGAGCCAGCCUGCAGAGCUCUGUCAGGUUCACUCCUGGACCCUCAGUGCAGUUGUGUCUCUUCUCUUUCAGUGUUUCUUCUCUCCCAACUUUAAAUACCAUUUUGCCUUGGAUUCAUUACAGAUCUUCCCUUUGCGAUGCCUUCCUUGGGGGUGUUUCUCUCCACCCCAAAGGGUCACCUGAGCUUGGGCUGACCCCGCCUCUGCUGUGGCGUUCUCUCACGAGAUACCCUCCGAAUUUUCGCACAAAGUGCCUUCUCUCUCAGUUGCCACCACCUUUAGAGGAAUUUUGCUGCAUCAGAAAAAUUUGGAGGUCCCAUAUUAAUGCAUUAUUACUUUUAAAAGUUUUGAUAACUCUUAAAGCAUCAUUUGCACCUGUGUGGUAACUUUGCCUGUUGCAGAGCGUCCCAGCCAAACGACAACUGGGAGACUGCUUUCUGCGUCUCGAGGUUAAGAUCAGCUUUGAAAGGAAAGUAUGUCCUAGCUUAGCCAUUCAGAAAAGAAAAACGGAAUAUCAGAGUUACAGCAAGUAAAACUGGUUUGGAUUUUAAUGUCUUAGAGGAAGGUAAAAGAAUAUGAGGGAAGUAUUAACUCUGGAUGAAGGUAAUGUGUCUGCCCCUUAAUCUUUCAUUCAUGGUCUGUUAGUGAAAAGGAAGUAAAUGAGAUUCUUUUACGUAACUUUGUAGUUUCUGUGUAUUACCACAUAGCUGGGGUGUUGAACCCCAGGUGUUUUGCAAGAGUGUGUGGUAAGCAUGGGUAAAGAGAUGUGACAGGAGUGAUUGUCUGCGUGGCGGGGAGUGGCAGGGGAUAAUUUGUUUUAGGAGGAAAUGUCCACAUUUUAACUUUUACACUUGUGAAUAAACUGUGUGAAAACA